AUGGCAGAAAUAUAAUUUUAGAACAUUACAGAAUCAGUUAAACCAAAUACUAUAUACAGCCCUUAACUUCAAAUUAUUACCAAUUCCAAUCAUAAAGAGAGUUAUGAGGAAAAUUUGAACAACGAAAUUUAAGAUCUUGAAAACUAAGAUCAUCAGAAUACCACAUAAUUGAGUACCAGAGAGCUAUUAGAACAAUAAAGCAAAAUUAGUGAAUUUUAAACAAAUUCAGAAAAUGGUUCCUCAAAUCAAUCAGAAGAAGAGGAUGAUGUUUAGGAAAGUGAAGAAAGCAAUGAUGAAGAAUCUCUACAAUAAUCUAAUACUAAUCAUUUUUCUGUAUGCGAAAUCUGUUUUGAGGAAGAUUCUAUCUUUAAUUUGGUAAGAUUAAAUUGCGGUCACAGUUAUUGCGAAGAUUGUUUGAAAAUAAUGGCAAUUUAUUUGAUUGAUAUGACAGGUGAAAUUCAUAAAUUAAAAUGUCCAAACUCUCAAUGUCCUGCAGUACUAGCAAGAAAUGUUAUUGAAGAUCUUUUAGAUAGCUAACAGUAUCAAAAAUACCUAGGAUUAGUGUAAAAUCAUGAAUUAGUUUUAAACAAAGAUAAAAGGUUUUGUCCAACACCAGAUUGCUCUAACAUUCUUGAAAAAAGCAGUUUUAUCAUUUCCUCUAAAGUUCUUUGCAAUAAAUGUAAUAACAAUAUUUGCUUUGAUUGCUAAUCAAUUUGGCAUUAAGGAAAAUCUUGCAGGUAAUUUUAAAAAGAGUAAAAUCUUAGUUGGGCACUUGAAAAUGAAGUUUAGAAAUGCCCCAAAUGCAAAGUAAUGAUUGAGAAAAAUGACGGUUGUGAUCAUAUGACCUGCUACAAUUGCCAGCACUAUUUUUGCUGGUGUUGUGGAUUCCCUGUUGACCAUAUUUUGCAUAAUGAGGACAUCUAAAAAUAUCUUUUUAACUAAAUCUGUGAAGAUGAAUAAUAAAUCAAAUUAAGCAAACUUAUACUGACUUACAUUUUACUAGCAAUAGCAGUAUAAAUUAUUAGCGCUCUUAUUUUUUCAAUCGGUAUUGUAUUGUAUUGGAUUAUUGCACCAUUUAUUCUAUAUCAUAACAUAACAGCUGUUUAUAAAGGAGUCUUGGUUAAAAAAGUAGUUUUUUAUCUCCUAUUUAUUGGAUAUCCUGCUUUUAUUUGCUUGGGUUUAGUAACUGGUGCAAUUUUAGGAUCAACAUAUUUGGUAUUUGGGAUAAUUCCUAUGGGAGUAGUUCAUUCGUAUCAUUUGAUAAAAAUAGUUAGCUGGAAGAGAUAAGGCAAAAGCUUUAGAGCAAAAUGA